AUGAGCUUCACGAGAUUGACUACACUACUAACGUUCCCCCUUCAAACCACACUUAUCCUCAACUCCGAUUAUGCUGAUAAUAAUACUGCUACAGCUAUAACCCAAGAGGAAACAGAGGCACUGGAACAAGCAACUGUUCAACAGGCAAACUGCAACCUAUGGUAUAAAUGCAGAGAACAGAGACUGACUGCUUCCCAGUUUGGUCGGGUAAUCACAAGAAAAAAGGAUGUGAACACUAAGUUUUUAACUAGCUUGUGUAAGGUGUGCGAUGCGGGUCAAACAGAAAUUCUGGAGGUAAAAUGCCCAUACAGUGCAAGAGACAUGACUGUUGCAGAGGCAGUAGAUGGAAACCCCAACUUCUACAUGGCAAAGUCUGGCAAUGGCUUGCAACUAAAGAAGACCCACCAGUACUUUCAUCAAGUUCAGGGUCAACUGAUGGUGACUGGAGCCCCAUUCUGUGACUUUGUUGUUUUUACAAGCAAAGACAUCCAUGUUGAAAGAAUAGUGCCAGAUACAGCAGUGUGGGAAGCCAUGCUCAGUAAACUGGCUUUAUUCUACAAGGAGCAUGUAACACCAUUUCUAGCUAAUACUUGAAAAUGAGAGAAACUUACACAUGCCAUGUUUAACUUCAGCAGGCUUUUU